AGUUAUUCUGAAUUCUCUCCUCUUUUUUCUUUUUUCUUUUUCUUUUGUUCUGUAUCUUUAUUCUCUUUCUCGUUUUCAAUUUGACAAGAAUUCGUACAGUGAUUCAAUACCGUAUGUCUGGUUUUACUCCUCUCGAGUGAAAGAGCAUUCCAUGUCUUUAAUUACGCUGCAGUGAAGAGAGAGAGAGAAAGAAAGAGAGGGUCUUUCAUCUUUGAGGAGACUAUUCAUGUUGUUUUAUGAGGUUUCUGUUUCUAUUGAUCAAGGUAUUUUUGGAGUUUCUUGUAGCUUUGGGAAGUUACUCUGAAAUUUUUGGGAUCUGGAUUCUAGGGUUUGAGCCUUUGACUUUUUCUUUCUUCCUUGGAUUUCUUCCAUCUUUUAUCUCUCUGUUUCCUUUUCAAUUCAUUCUGGGUUGUGCAAAAAUUUCCUUCUUUGUUUGUUUUCACCUGAGUGACCCGUUUUUUGGGAGAGGUUCUGAUUCUCUUGAAUUGAGUCCCUUGAGGAAUCCAAAGUUGAAGUCUUUCAACGAUCGGGUUUCUUGUAGAUUCUUCUGGUUCUUGGGGGUGUAGAUACAUAGGUACAUGGGCUAAGCAAAACAGAAGAGUCUAGUUUGUGUGAGAUUGGUUGGAAUUGAGGUAUCAUGCAUCUUUCACUAUGGAAGCCUAUUUCUCAGUGCGCUGCUCUGAUCAUGGACAAGAAGAGCAGAAAAAAAGAUGAAUCUUCCUCUAAGGUGGAGGCAAGGAGAAACCCAUCAAUUCUGCGGAAGCUGCAAGAGAACAAACUGAGGGAAGCUCUUGAAGAAGCUUCGGAAGAUGGGUCACUGUUCAAGUCUCAGGACAUUGAAACAGUGAGCAAAGAGGAAGAAGAGGGUCUAGGGAGAUCCCGGUCACUGGCCAGGCUUCAUGCUCAGCGCGAGUUCCUUCGAGCUACUGCACUUGCUGCUGAGCGAAUAUAUGAAUCCGAGGAUGCAAUUCCCAGCCUCCAAGAAGCUUUCUCCAAAUUUCUCACAAUGUACCCAAAGUAUCAGUCCUCGGAGAAGGUGGAUCAGUUAAGGUCUGAUGAGUAUUCACAUUUGUCCCCCAAGGUAUGUCUUGAUUACUGUGGAUUUGGACUCUUCUCUUUUGUUCAGACCAUUCACUAUUGGGAGUCUUGUACCUUUAGCUUGUCUGAGAUAACUGCUAAUUUGACUAACCAUGCACUUUAUGGUGGUGCUGAGAGAGGGACUGUUGAGCAUGAUGUAAAGAGUAGGAUUAUGGAGUAUUUGAAUAUCCCUGAGAAUGAAUAUGGACUUGUUUUUACUGUCAGUAGGGGAUCUGCUUUUAAGUUGCUGGCUGAGUCUUACCCCUUUCAUACAAACAAAAAGUUGUUGACCAUGUUUGACCAUGAGAGUCAGUCUGUGGCUUGGAUGGCUCAGAGUGCUAGGGAGAAAGGUGCCAAGGUAUACAGUGCGUGGUUUAAGUGGCCGACUCUAAAACUGUGCUCCACUGAUUUGAGGAAACAGAUUUCCAACAAGAAGAGGAGGAAGAAGGAUUCUGCUGUUGGUCUUUUUGUGUUCCCGGUUCAGUCAAGAGUUACUGGGGCUAAGUAUUCGUACCAGUGGAUGGCACUAGCACAGCAGAACAAUUGGCAUGUCUUGCUUGAUGCUGGAUCGUUGGGCCCCAAGGACAUGGAUUCGCUUGGCUUGUCUCUGUUCCGGCCAGAUUUUAUAAUUACAUCGUUUUACAGGGUAUUUGGGUAUGAUCCCACAGGUUUUGGUUGUCUUCUGAUCAAGAAGUCAGUUAUGGCAAGCCUUCAAAAUCAGUCUGGGAGUACUGGGUGUGGAAUGGUGAAAAUUACCCCAGAAUUUCCAUUGUACUUGAGUGAUUCAGUUGAUGGGUUGGAUAAAUUGGCUGGGAUUGAAGAUGAUGAAGACACUGGUGAUGGUGAGAAGGCUUCUGAAGCUCGUCAGGGGUUGCAGUUACCUGCCUUUUCCGGUGCAUUCACAUCUGCCCAGGUCAGAGAUGUGUUUGAGACUGAAAUGGAUCAGGACAGUUCUGAAAGAGAUGGAACUAGCACCAUAUUUGAAGAGACUGAGAGUUUUUCCGUUGGGGAGGUGAUGAAGAGCCCUGUAUUCAGUGAGGAUGAGUCAUCAGAGAACUCAUUUUGGAUUGAUUUGGGUCAGAGUCCAUUGGGGUCUGAUAAUGCAGGUCAAAUGAAUAAACAGAAGAUAGCUUCUCCCCUACCACCCUUCUGGUUCAAUGGGAGGAGGAACCAGAAACGAUGUUCUCCAAAACCAACUUCCAAGAUAUAUGGCAGCCCUAUGUACGAUGACAGAGAGGUCAAUCUAGGCUUUAAUGAUGAACGCCAUGUUCUGUCGUUUGAUGCUGCUGUCCUGUCAGUGUCACACGAACUAGACCGUGUUAAAGAGAUCCCAGAAGAAAAUGUUGCAGAAGUCAAUCAUUUUUCAAGAAAUGGUGAUGGGUCAGACCGUCUGUAUGUCAACGAGAUCCAGGAAGAACCAGGAACCAGCAAAGCAGUUAAUACUGGAUCUGUUGCUCUAAAAGGAUCUCGGCUGAACAAUUCAACUUCAAUUGCUCAGGAUCACAGCUUGGAGAAUGGCUCAACCUCUGAAAUAUGCCAAGACGUUAAAGAGAGUGCCAUAAGAAGGGAAACUGAAGGUGAAUUUAGGUUGUUAGGUAGAAGGGAAGGGGACCGAUAUGGUGGUAGUGGUGGUAGGUUUUUCGGAUUGGAGGAGAAUGAACCAAAUAGCAGAGGAAGAAGGGUGUCGUUUAGCAUGGAAGAUAAUCGUAAAGAAUACCUGAGCCAUGGCUUGGAAACUGGGGACAUAUCUGCAGCUAGCUUAGAUGAUGGAGAGGUCACAAGUGACGGAGAAUAUGGUGAUGGCCAAGAUUGGGGCAGAAGAGAACCAGAGAUAACAUGUCGAAACCUUGAUCAUGUUAAUAUGCUUGGUCUCAAUAAAACUACACUUAGACUUAGAUUUUUGGUAAAUUGGCUUGUAACUUCUUUGCUGCAACUUAAGUUAUCGGUUUCUGAUGGAGAUGACAAAGUAAAUCUUGUCCACAUCUAUGGUCCAAAAAUUAAAUAUGAAAGAGGUGCUGCAGUGGCAUUCAAUGUCCGGGACAAAAAGAAGGGGCUAAUCAAUCCAGAGAUUGUUCAGAAGCUGGCUGAAAAGGAAGGAAUCUCUGUUGGCAUUGGUUUCCUUGGUCAUAUACGGAUUAUUGAUAACUCAAGACAACAUCGCGGAGCUCUGAACCUUGAAGAUACAACUAUUUGCAGGCCAAUGGAGAAUGGUCGGCAUGAUGGAAAAGGUGGCUUUGUAAGGCUUGAAGUUGUUACAGCUUCACUAGGCUUUCUGACUAAUUUUGAGGAUGUGUAUAAAUUGUGGGCUUUUGUGGCAAAGUUUUUAAACCCUGAAUUUAUCCAAGAAGUUGGUCUUCCUACUGUUCAAGAAGGUUCUGAGACGUAAGUUUUAAAGACAAAAUAGUCACUGGUGACAUAUAUCAAUUUUGGAAACUACACAUACAAAGAUUAUUCAUGAGAAGUUGCCCAGAGGGGUAACAGCCAACAGCUGCUGGUGAAUGGGUUGGUGAUCAUUUGUUUGCUUCCAAAGACACUGACACUUGGAAGCCACACAUCACAAGCGGGUGCAUUUGUUAAUUCAUGUUUCUUGUUGCUUACAUUUUUCGUUUUCCUCUAUGUUGCUUCUUGUAGAGUUGUUGGCUUUAGAGAUUUGUUACAUAUUGGAAAGCCACGGGGUGUACUUGAAGCAGAUUGAAUGGAUAGAAUUGUUACAACACCUUGCUUCUGUCGCAUAUGAAAGGAUUUCCAGCACUUGUAAAUGUCAAUGUUCAUUUCAUGUUUUCGUAUAUAAAACUUGCUAUAUAGCAGAACUACU